AUGUCUAGUUCUAAUGAUUUUGUAUCUUCUAUUAAUUAUGUUACGAUGCAAAUCAAUCGUCAUGUAGCUUUACUUAUACUUCUUUUUGGUACUGUUGGUAAUAUAUUGAAUCUUUUGGUUUUACGCGAACAAGAUUUAAUCAAAGUUCCAUGUACACAUUAUAUUUACUGUUCGUCGAUGUCAGCAGUAGUAUUUCUUUGGUCAGCAUUACUAACACGAAUUCUACAAGGUUACAACAUCAACUGGCCAAAUGAGAAUCGACCUCUAUGUAAAAUUCGUUUGUAUAUACUGAAUGUUACUUGGGCAAUUGCUAUUUGGGCACUUGUUGGAGCAAGUAUUGAUCGAUUUUUAUGCAGCAGUCGUUCGGCAACUUAUCGUCGACUGAGUACAAUUCGAACAGCAAGAUAUUAUUUGACAGCAAUUUUCGUAUUUUUCGCACUUUUUUUUGCCGAAGUGCUUUAUUGCUACGAAGCAAGUGUUCCAAAUGUUCCCGUUGCUUGUUAUGGACAAAAUUUCGCCUGUCGAAUCUUUAAUGAUUGGAUGUCUUUGUUCAUGGAUAUCAUUCUACCAAGUAUCUUUUUAGCUUUAUUUGGUUCAUUAACUAUUCGCAAUGCUCAAACGAGAAUGGUUCGUCCAAUAACAGAGUCAAUUCACCACACUGAUGUCAACAAUCAAAUCAAAUUAGUACGAAAAAAUGAACGAAAUCUUACUACAAUGUUAUUAGUUCAGUCUUUGUUUGUUGAUUAUGAACUGUUGAUGAUGGCAUCACGUCGAGAACUUUGCCUGGACGACAAAGUGAAGCUAAUAAAAGCCAAAGAAUACGGUUCAUCGCACCGUGAACUUAGUGACACGUUCCAGAUAUCGGUUGGAGCGGUUUCCAACAUACUAAAACGAAAGGCUGAAUACACCAAUGAUUAUGAAACCAAUCGAAAUAAAAAAGUGAAACGACCAAUUCUCCAAGAAUACGCACGAAGUCUUGCUGAAAAAUUGGAUUGUUCGACCGACUUCAAAGCAAGCAAUGAGUGGCUCGACAGAUUCCGGAUUCGAUAUAAUAUUCAGUUUCGUGCUAUCUGUGGUAAAGCUCGAUCAGUGGAUCUCAACACUGUGGACGAUUGGAAAGAUCGAUUGUUCUCGAUGAUUGAACAUUACAAUCCUAUGGACAUUUAUAAUUGUGACGAGACCGGUCUGUUUUAUAAAUUAAUGCCAGACCGAUCUUUAGUCGUCGAUAGAAACGAUUGUCGUGGAGGAAAAAAAUCCAAGGAACGUUAUACAGUAAUGCUUUGCAAGAACUGGUCUGGAACUGAUAAGUUAAAACCCGUGAUCAUAGGUGAGUUCAUGUCUACUUGGCUUACUUCUAAAACAGGUUUCUUUCAUCAUCCAUUCGCCAGGAAAAUCCGCGAAGCCACGAUGUUUCAAGAGUAUCGAUUUGAAGAAGCUUCCAAAUGGCUUGAAGACUUAGAUACGUCAAUGCGAAAACAAAAACGUCACAUCCUGCUGUUUCUCGAUAACGUUCCGGUGCACCCUCAAGAUAUUCAAUUGGAAAAUAUUAAAUUAAAAUUUUGUCCACCAAACUCCACAGCUAAAAUCCAACCAUUGGACCAAGGCAUCAUCCGAGCCUUCAAAGCUUAUUACCGGCGCUUUUUGGUUAAGCAUAUCUACAAAGCGAUCGAAGAACUCGAUUGGAUUUUAAAACAUGUAACAAUUGGUGGAAAAGUUAUGUCGGCUUUUGACUACGUUACAUUUGACGACAAUAUACCAUCAUUCAACGAGUGGGAUGAUUCGAGUGAAAGGCUACUAUCAGUCACCGGAAUAACCAACGAUGAUGCAGAAAACAGUGAAGAUAUUCCAGGUGGAGAUCCACCAUCUUUAGCUGAAUCUCUCGAGUUGAUCCGUCGACUUCGCCUUCUCUCAACCACACAGCAACCUGAACUACACCCUUUCAUUAUUCAGUUACAGUCAAAGCUAACUGACGCAUUCCUUGACUCAAAUUUAUCGAAGCAAAAAUCAAUCUUCGAUUAUUUCAAAUGUACAUCUGUUGGUCCAUAG